AUGGAAAACGAGCAAGAGCCCAAGCGCCGCGGCCGGUGGAUCGUGGAGGAAGAGGAGUUUGCCCGCGCGUGCAUCAAUGCGUUCAGCUGUGGGAUGCUGGCGGACGUUGAGGAUGGUACCACCCUCCGAGCCUUCCUGGCGUCACGACUGCACUGCCAGCCCAUGAGAGGUAUUUUUCAACGCACGCGGCGGUGCUCAAAUGUUCCUCCGCCUGCCCGAUUGGAAUCGUUUUGCCGCGUUCAAGUCACCAAAAAGCUCCACGGCAGCAAGGGCAUGGGGAAGAGGCUCUACCGCAGGGUCCAAGACUCCAACCCGGCGUCCAUGGACGCAGUUGCUCACGAGCUGAAGGUUCUAGAGGAGCGCUUGGCGGCCAAGCUACUCGCAAACUCCGACGGGUGGCCGGGACUCAUGGACAGGAGGGCAGCCCAGGAAGCGGCAUCAGCCUCCUCGUUACUCGGCACUGGACGACGGGGCGGUCUUGCGGGCGUGUCGACGGGAGCUCUGCGUGAACCGCUCCCGCCCGAGAGGGCGAGGAGCGGGAAGGCGGGAUACGUUGGAGGUGAUGUGGGAGCUCCUGGGGGUUCGGGGCACAAGAAACAGCGCCACCCGUCCAUCGCGAAAGUCUUGCCAAGGUUGGACCAUCGUCGCCGCCCGUCGACGGGCACGGCGCUAGCAGCACCACCGACAUCGACGCCAAAAUCGGCAGCAGGAGAGGCGGCGACGGGGGUCCACUGCCGGCGUGCAUCUAGUGACACCAGCUGUGGCGUCAUGGAGGCUACGCCCAAACACCGUCGCCGGCGCAUUUACAGCGUCGGCGAAGCCUUUCAGACGAAACAGUCUAAGCAGCACCACCGCCAGUACCUGAGCCAGCGCAAGGAGCAGAAGCGCGACCACGAGCGUGCAACGACGACGGACGGAGGGGGGGGGGGAUUGCCGAGCCCGGUGCGGAGCCCCGCUGUCCCUUUGUCAUUCCUCGACCCGACCGCCAGCACUACCCACGGCGAGGAUGACGAUGACGACGACGACGACGACAACGACAAUGGCUACGUUGCGGGCGAUGCCAGAGAGUCCGAGCGCAGGUCAACCGCGGCCUUUAUCGCGGCUGUGGAGUUGAUCGACAACGCGGGCCCCGUGCAUCUCGGCUCCGGCUUCGGGGGUUGUGACGAUGUCGGUGCGACCAGCGGCGAUGGCACCAGUCCCUUCUUCGACGGCGGCGGUAGCUUCAGCAGUUACCGUAGCGACAGCGGGUAUUCUUCUCUGCUGAGCAGCGCUCAAGGCGAGAGCGGAUCGCGCUUGGGAAUCGACGGUGUUGCAUCCACAACGUCCACUGAUCAUUGCGACGUGACCCCUCGCACUGCCGAUCCCGCUACAACUGUCGACCCCAGCCAACCACCGACACGUGAGCAACAACAGAAGGGCAACACUCACGUGCACAGCCUCUACGGCCGCAAAAUACCGCCGGAGGCCGCACUGGGGUACGCGAUGGUCCCCGCUCCGAGGCUAGACCAAUACGCCGUCCGCCGCGCUUCCGCCGCGGGCGGAAAUGCUUCUGGCUCGUCCGACGCCGACUAUUAUUCUUCCCUCGGGCAUUCAGCGAUUGAGCGGCAACGGGUGCAACAGCAGCAGCAGCAACAACAACAACAACAACAACAGGAGCUACCUUGCAUGGCAUGGCCGUGGUUUGACUCACCAAGGCUCAGGGGAGGGGUGAGCGGUAUCACACCACCGCCCGCGUCGACCAAACCAGAAUGUCAAGGGUUGUGCGAGGGGGGCAACGACACAGAACGUACGGAAGGGGGUGGUGGCGCAACCACGGCGUCGGAGGAGGCUGCCUCGUCCUCAAUGGUGACGGGCGUGGACAACUGGCAAUGGUUGCCUUGUUCCGCGGCGCUAACGGCGGUGCCGUCGACUUGCUCUGCUGGUUUUGCUGGCGCUGCCAUGGCCCGGGCAGGCUCGAGGAUUACGUUGGAAAACGCGACGAUGGACGACUGGAUCCUUGGUGCUGCAGAGACAACCACCGGGCCGCAGAACGAAACCCUCGGUCUCCCUCUGGUGAGUGAGGGAAUUUCCUCCUGGUGGAUGAACCAGACAACAAGCCAGAGCGUAGCGCAAGGGGUCAGUGCGGCUACAGCGCCGGCGGGGGCUCCGGCGGCGGCAGGGACAGCCGAACAGGGCUUCGACACGUGGUUGAUGCCAUAGAGGACGCCCUUCGCCCUCCAGCAUCGUGGAACCGACCGAGGUGUAAGCGGUCGAGCUCCUCUUCCUUCCGACCACAGCUGCGGCGGCGGCCUCGAGGCGAAAUUCGGCCUUAAAUAGCGCCCUCUGGUAUUAUAUCAUGAUCACCAUCGAGUAAUAUAUCGUGAUCCCCAUCGAGUGGCCCUGGAGCACUCGGCACCCUUGCAGCACCCACGUCCUGGAGACAUUUUCGUAAUGCAAAGCUUGCGAUGGCCCGAUCGCGGUGGCUCGCGCGGCAGACGAAGCCGCUUAGCAACGGCGCGCCCCGCUGGACCCCCGGGGGCAAUGCCUGGCCGAUGGCCAGCACAUGUUUCUCAUCGUUCUUCGCCCUCCGUGGGUGAGCUCAGGGUGGCUGACGGCUGUCGUUUAGAAGGUGGUCGUUGGCGGCUUCAUUCGACCCGAUCGUCUAAAUCAAGUGUUGGUUCUCUGUUUUCUUCCUUUCUUGUGGUUCUGUUCGUUUGACGCGGUGCGGUUUUUCCCAGGGCACGUCAGCACGCACUCCAUGCCCUUGCCGCAACGCUUCUCCCUCCCUUGGUAUUUUCGGGGGCUUGCUGUACCUCUCCCCCAUCACUGUUUUUCGGCCCGAAGAGUUGGUGGGUGUUACGUGGUAGACGACGAUUCGUGUUGUGGAACCGGUGCGGGAUCGAAAACCUGAUGGGGCGCGAGGUGAAGAGCUUGAUGACUGCAAUAAUAGCCUAAGCCUCGGGAGGUGAUUGUUUUUCUGUUUUUCGGCGAUUAAUAAAAAUGACGAAAAAGGAACGGAGCCGCCACAAGGGAGUGUUUUCCGGGGAUUUUUAGUGACACAUUAGAAAGAAGGGCGAACACCACAAUGUGGUGUUUUCGGCGUCGUUCGCGAAGAAAAGGAUUCGAAACAUGGGCGACGCAUGACUGAUUGCGUUGAUUUAUGAAGCUGAACCACCACGUGUAGCAGGUUGGCGUUGCAAGAGGGUUGGGCGAUGAUUGUACCGCAGGUGGUAGGAGCCCAAUACAUAAAACGGGCGUUGAAGCGACGUUUCUGUUCGGCGGAGCACGUUGAAAAAAUUCGUUCAAGAAACGGCGGUUGGUUUUUCGAUUUUCGGCAAACACCGGUGACCAUGAACGAAAGAUAGGCGUUUACGGCAAUCGCCUCCGAGGCGCAACCUAGUCACCCGUAUCUUUGUUUUUCUGUUUGCAUUCUGCCUGUUUGAUAUAUUUUUCUAUUUUCGUUUUAUCUUUGCUCACGUGGUUGGAGCUUCCACCAGAAGUGUGUGUGAUGUCUGCCCACGCCCAACCCACGAACAUGUGCAAGGGUUGUUGUGCGCAUCAGGAUGUUUUGGUUUGGGUGCGUUGCGUCGAUGAUGCACUGUCUGGGAGGGUUGCGUGCGGGUGGAACACUGUUCUUGUAUGCUUUUUCAUCAAGAAGACUGGCCGUUUUGUUCCCGUUCGAGUUCCGGUUCGUCGUGAUCAUCGUUCCUUGACCCGAGAACGAGGAGAGGUCAAGUUGUAGCUACUUGCACACACGCGGCACGGUCGUAUAGGGAGCGAAAACCGGGCAUCAUGCUUUUAAGUCGUUUAACACUCAGCCGGCCAUGGUCGAUGGCCGGGUAGUACGUACAAUGCCUCAUUCUUCGACAAGUGUAAAUAGGAGUAAUGUAUUCGCGUUUUUGUUUCGUAGGCGCGAGCGCCUUGUACAUAGCGGGAUGAUAGAUGGCAGCCCGUGAGCGACAUAGAAACAACUGAGGUGUUUGUUGCGUGGGGAGGUUGUCGGAGCUUCAGGGCUAGCCUUCUCGUUGCCCCCCUACUUUACUUAGCAUGAACCUUGCCAAUACGCACAGUGAUUGUAUGUUUGUAUGUUACGUUCCUUGAUGUCGGGUAACAUGUCGUUUUUGGACUGAAUGGAUUUAUCGGUCCUCCUCCCACAGCUUGGGUAAGAAUUUGUCCAGUUUCAGGAUGAGAUCAGCAACCAGCACAACAGCGGCCAAAGAGAACAAGCGUGCCGGGUGAUUCGAGUCCC